AUGCUGUUGUUUCUGAUUAUCCUUAAAGAAGGUGCUCAGGACCCAUCACCAGUGAAGGUUGACCUCUCUUUGGAUUCGUCCAAAGACUUCACAAAAACUUACAUGGAAUUCGACAACGCGUCGUACAUUGUGUACAAGGGGAAGGACGACUGGGACAUCGAUGAGGUAACGCACGGCAACGAGGUCGUGUGGACCUACUCGCACGAAUACGGCAAGGCGAAGGCAGUGAUAAUGACCUACGAAAACGGCUCGCCCAGGCUCCUCUUCGUGUACACGCCCCGGCACGCCCACUACAAGUUCUACUACGUGCGUGUGGACGGGAAGUGGGUCAGGACCACGUACUAUUGGUACUCCCACAGGCUCGGGCUGCUGAAGACGAAGAUCAACCACGAGUUCAGGAUGGACAUAGGUUUCCUGAAAAUGACGAACACGUUCAUCCACUACCCAAAGACGCGCACAAAGCCCUACGACACCUUUCUGCCCUUCAACGGCCACGCGGCGAAAAGCGUGGAGUACAACGGAAUCGCGCUGUGGACUGCGAACUCUGACGAUGAGAGGGCGGUCGCGGUGUGGGCUUACAAGAUCCGCUCGUUGCACUACCUCGUGAGGGUGCUCGUCUACGACGAGGACAAGAACUACACGUUCCACGACUUCGUGAAGAUCUCGGGGGCCUGGGUGGACAUGGCCCGCACGCCGCUUGGCAUGAGGCCAGGCCACAGGUACCCCGACGACAUCAUGUUCCCCGAGUACCUGCUUAUGAAGGCGAACAGGCAGAUUAUGACUGGCGAGGCGCCGCGCUCCGCCGACCCGAGGGAUUUGGACGCGACCCUGGCCAUGAGCUACGACUACGAGUACCACUACAGGCCCAUUCCGCCGUACCUGUGCCACAAAUUUGACUUUUCCAAAGACUCGCGCUCUCAGGUUGUCACAAGGGAUAGCUCCGUGUUCGGGAAGGAUCUGAAGUUGGAGAGCUACUUCCCCCAGGCGGGCCACUUCUUCGGCGUCGUCACUGAGGGCCCCGACACGAUUUACCAUCGCAACGUUGACAUUGAGGCCUCCAUCGGCGUCCACUUUUACACCAAGGACGGAGAGCCGUACCUUGCUGACGUGCUCGUCUUCAGCCCCAAGAGGCCGCGCUCAGAGUACCACGUGAAGGUGAACGGCAAGUGGUCGCCUGUGAACAGCGGCAGGUUCUUCACCCUCCUUGAGGAGCUGCGGAAGCACCAGCGGCCGAAGUCACAGACUAAGCUAUCGGGCUCAUAA